CCCUGAGCCCAGCCGACAUGACCUCGCGCAGGUGGUUUCAUCCCAACACCGGUGGGGCUGAGGCGGAGCGGCUGCUCCUGUCCAAGGGCCAGCACGGGAGCUUCCUGGCAAGACCCAGCAAGAGCCGCCCAGGGGGCUUCACGCUGUCCGUCAGGCGCCACAACGAGGUGACCCACAUCAAGAUCCAGAACACAGGCGACUACUAUGAUCUGUACGGAGGGGAGAAGUUCGCGACGCUGGCCGAGCUGGUGCAGCACUACACAGGCCAGCGCGGGGGAUUGCUCCGAGAGCGUGGUGGGGCCCCCGUGGAGCUCUGGCACCCGCUGAGCUGCCAGGACCCCACGUCGGAACGGUGGUACCACGGGCACCUGUCUGGCCAGGAGGCCGAGAAGCUGCUGAUGCAGAAGGGGCGUCCGGGCAGCUUCCUGGUUCGGGAGAGUCAGAGCAAACCUGGGGACUUCGUGCUGUCAGUGCUCACACAGCAGCUGGACAGGGCGGACCGCCAGGCACGCGUCACCCAUGUCAUGAUACACUUCCAGCCAGAUGGGAAGUACGAUGUGGGAGGUGGCAAGAGGUUUGACACCCUGGGAGAUCUGGUGGAAUGCUACAGGAAGAACCCUCUGGUGGAGAGGUCGGGGACUGUAGUGCACCUCCAGCAGCCCCUCAAGACCACGAGAAUCAGCGCCACAAGCAUUGAGAGCCGUGUGCGGGAGCUCAACGAGGCCAUGGAUGCCAGCGAGAAGGCCAAGCAGGGCUUCUGGGAGGAGUUCGAGAUGCUGCAGCAGCAGGAAUGCCGGCUCCUGUAUCCCCGGAAAGAGGGCCAGCGGCUGGAGAACAAGCCCAAGAACCGAUACAAGAACAUCCUCCCCUUUGAUACCACCCGUGUCAUCCUGCGUGAUGUGGAGGACAGCGCGCCUGGAGCCGACUACAUCAACGCCAACUACAUCAGGAGUGACCCAGAGGAGAAGCCAGGCCACGGACCAGGCAAGGUGUACAUCGCCACCCAGGGCUGUCUGCCAACUACGGCGGCUGCCUUCUGGGCCAUGGUGCACCAGGAGAACACGCGUGUCAUCGUCAUGACCACCAGAGAGGUGGAGCGAGGCCGGAACAAGUGUUUCCGAUACUGGCCAGAGCUGCACGGCAGCCAAGAGUAUGGCCGCCUGCGUGUGUGCAACGUUGCUGAGCACCAGGCCCAGGGCUAUUGUGUGAGGGAGCUGCAGGUGUGGCGGGCAGACCAGGAGGAGUCACCGCGUACAGUGGCGCACUGCCAGUACUUCGGCUGGCCGGACCACGGAGUCCCGGCCGAGCCCACCGGCGUCCUUGGCUUCCUGGACGAGGUGAACCGGGCCCAGAGCGGCAUGCCGGGGGCCGGACCCAUGGUAGUGCACUGCAGCGCCGGCAUCGGACGCACUGGCACAAUCAUUGUGAUUGACAUCUUGGUGGACGUCAUUCGCAGGCAGGGGCUGGACUGCGACAUCGACGUCCCCAAGACGAUCCAGCAUGUGCGGCGGCAGCGCUCGGGGAUGGUGCAGACCGAGGCGCAGUACAAGUUCGUGUACCUGGCGCUGCAGCGGUACAUCCGGGGCGAGCAGCUACGCCUGCGCGAGCAGGUGUGCUGGCAUCUGAGCCUGCAGCUGGCGGCUGGUGUGCAGCGCGGGGACCCCGGCAAUGGGCACGGCUGUGGGCCGCCGGCAGAACGGGCAGGGCACGACCUCGCUACCCGGCUGGCCUGUGGGCCGGGCGGCUGCCAUCCGCGCAAGGCACUCCAGGCAGAAGACGUGGGUGCAGGAGAGCUCCUUGGGUGUCCUGAAGAUGUUGUCGUAGCCCGAGAAGCAGAUGGAGCAUUCCAGUGGGGAGGCCGCCUUCUCUGAGCCAGGGCUGCCGGGGGACCUGGGGCUGCCGGCCGAGCCGCGGGACCUGGGCACUGUGGCGGUGGGGCUGCUCCUGCCGGCAGACGGCAGGGCCGUGUGCCACACCUGCGGGCCUGAUGACAUGGUUCUGGGCUGUGGGACAAACAGAGACCCCUGUGAGUGACCUCGAUUGCCCCUUUCCUGCAAGGUCUGUCUGUCGCUGUCUCCCCGUCCCUCUCUUGCAUCACCCAGAGAUUCCGGGAAGGACACUGCCCAUCUGCAGGCACCCCCACCAAGUCCCACCUGUCCCUGGCUCAAGGUCUUUCUGCUCAAGCUGUAACCCUGCACUCCCCAGCCCCUCACCUGCUGAGUCAGGGCUCAGCAUCCUGGGGUGUCCCAGCCUGCCUGGGCCCUGUGGACCACUGCUCUGUAGACCCCUCCCACCAGCCCUGGCCUACCUGGACGUGCCACUGGGCAGAAAUAAAGGUGAUGAUGACGAUGGCCCACAACAGUUACUAUUUACAUCGGGGCUCUGCCAGGGUGGGCCCUGGGCACAUGAUACAGAACAGCCACGGUGCAGAAGAGGCGGCUCGGAGGCUGGGGUGACAGCCAGCGGGGCCCAGGCUCUCACAGGAGGAGUGUGGCUCUGGGUCAGGUGA